AUGCUACAGCCUGAGAAACAAAACAGGUUUACAAAGUGGUUGAAAAAGACCUUUAAAUCUACACCAGAUCCCGAAUAUAGCCACAUCUCAAGACGAGAUACGCUCGGGGAAGCCUUCUGGUCCGACAACGCCGCCAAAUACCAUCCUAGCAGUUACUUCAAACUCAACAAUGGCCGUGAUAUUCCUCAUCACAGCCCAGUAUCACGCUCAAAUACGGGGCCACACCAAAGCUCCGGAACAUCGCAUGCAUACAGCGAAGCCAUCAUCAAAAGGUCACCCAGACUGACCAACAGUGUCCACCAACAUAACGAUCCCGUGCCUCCCAACCACUCCACCGCCUCAGCCUCUCCUACCCACUUCAGACAGACCUCCACACCACCAAAGACGAUGAUUACCAGUCGGCCCUGCAGCGCCCCCGCAAAACCCCCACGGAUGAACAGCCGCAAACCCCCCAACAUGACAUACUAUGACUACCUCACCAGCAUAAACCACAGAUACCCCGGCUCGGGAUCUUCUCACUCGCACGCCUAUAAUACUACACAGGCCUAUCCAAUAACAUCAAGACCACGCGGCCCACGCCCCCUUCUUCCCAACAUGACCAGUGCUGUACCCCAGCUAUCGUACUGCGAGCCAGCAAAGUCAAGAUACCCUCGCGUCUCCCGUGAACCGUCCCACGCCUACGACGCCCAGCACGCGGGUCCACGUUCUGCAUCCCAUUCCUCCCGCGUCCGCACCCGCGAAGCAAUAUGCAAAGAUACGCUUGCACAGCUAUGUGGCAGGCGCGGAUCCUACGCGUCCACUGCUUCUUCAAGCACGGCAAACAACGUACACGCAGACUGGGAGCGCGACUGGGAUGUUCCACUUUCCCAGCGCGUGGGAGCUAAUAAAGUGAUAUGUCGGACUCGAGGGAAGGGGAUUCAGAUUCGGGAUCGGGAAAGCAAAGUGGCGGUUAUGGGAAGGGAGGAGAGGGAGAGGGAGGGGAAGAUGUUUAGGGGGGAUUGGAGCAGGGAGUGGAGGAGGGGGAAGAUGAGGGCGAGGGGUGGGCUUGAGGAUGUUGUGGAGGAGGGAGAGUUCGAGAAGUUUAUUGGGGAAGAGGGAGGUGAGGUUGAUGAUGGGAAAGGUUUGGAGAGGGUCGAGAGAAUGAUGGACAGACGACGUGGGGAAGUUGUGCAGUAA